CCUGUCACCAAACUCUCGGGCGUGGAGCCAUUGACUCUUCGCCUUCUUCUUAAUGAAGGACUCCGUCGUCGGUGCACCUUCCUCAGUAACAGCUUGAACUGUUACUACUUCUCUCUCUCUCUUCUUUCCUGUCUUUCUAGGUGCAUUGCUUCAAUUUCUUUCCUCCCCUCCUUCCCCGUUUCACCAUGCUCAGGCAGACCUCGCGCGCCCUCCAAGGGCUCGCCGAAUCUCGGCCUAGCCAACAUCGAGCACUCACCACAGCCCAACGAGCCACCGCCCUGACAGCACGGCGCAACAGCCCAGCCAAUGUGAGGAAUCAAUCGACUACGGCUGCCACAAAGCCAACUACAAGCGAGGAACGGCCGAGACCCAGCCCGUCAUUCAACACUGCAGCGAAAGACCGAAGCCAUGUUCAGCCCCUCGUCAACCCGCGGAAGAAUGAUAUGGACGAGUCGUUCAUUGGGAAGACUGGCGGCGAAAUUUUCCAUGAGAUGAUGCUCAGGCAUGGUGUUAAGCAUAUCUUCGGCUAUCCUGGCGGCGCUAUCCUUCCCGUAUUUGACGCCAUUUACAACUCGCCCCAUUUCGACUUCAUCCUUCCGAGGCACGAGCAAGGUGCUGGCCACAUGGCUGAGGGCUAUGCUCGCGCUUCUGGCAAGCCUGGUGUUGUGCUGGUGACAUCCGGGCCCGGCGCGACUAACGUGAUUACCCCGAUGGCCGACGCCCUUGCUGAUGGUACGCCGAUGGUCGUUUUCACCGGCCAGGUGGUUACCUCGGCCAUUGGAAGCGAUGCCUUCCAGGAGGCGGACGUGGUCGGCAUCUCGCGGGCGUGCACCAAGUGGAACGUCAUGGUCAAGAGCGUUGCCGAACUACCCCGAAGAAUCAACGAAGCCUUUGAGAUUGCUACCAGCGGCAGGCCUGGCCCGGUUCUUGUCGAUCUUCCCAAGGAUAUCACGGCUGGUGUCCUCAGGAGAGCUAUUCCCACCGAGUCUGCCAUCCCGGCGAUGCCCAGCGCCGCCUCUCGCGCCGCCCUCGAGCUCACCCAGAAGCAGCUCAACAAAUCGAUCCGCCGUGUCGCCGAGCUCAUCAAUAUCGCGAAGAAACCCGUCAUAUAUGCCGGACAUGGAGUCAUCUGCUCGGAGAACGGUCCCGAACUGCUCAGGGCCUUGGCGGACAAGGCUUCCCUUCCAGUCACCACCACUCUCCACGGCCUUGGUGCUUUCGACGAGCUGGACGAGAAGUCGCUGCACAUGCUAGGCAUGCACGGCUCUGCGUACGCCAACAUGGCGAUGCAAGAAGCCGAUCUGAUCAUUGCUCUCGGUGCACGUUUUGAUGAUCGCGUCACCCUCAGCGUGUCCAAGUUCGCUCCGGCGGCUCGGGCUGCGGCCAAGGAAGGCCGCGGAGGCAUCAUCCACUUCGAGAUCCUGCCCAAGAAUAUUAACAAGGUUGUGCAGGCCACCGAGGCCAUCGAGGGCGAUAUCAGCCCCAACCUUAGUCUGCUCCUGCCGCACGUUGAACCCAAGACGAUGGCCGACCGGAAAGAGUGGUUUGACCAGAUCAAUGCGUGGAAGAAGAAGUGGCCCCUCUCUGACUAUGAGCGGGCGGAGCGCUCUGGCUUGAUCAAGCCCCAGUCCCUGAUUGAGGAACUGAGCAAUUUGACGGCCGAUCGGAAGCACAACAUGUAUAUUUCCACUGGUGUCGGUCAACAUCAGAUGUGGGUUGCUCAGCACUUCCGCUGGCGCCAUCCCCGGUCCAUGAUCACAUCGGGCGGUCUCGGCACGAUGGGCUACGGCCUGCCCGCUGCGAUCGGUGCCAAGGUGGCCAAGCCUGAUGCACUUGUUAUUGACAUCGACGGUGAUGCCUCGUUUGCCAUGACCCUAACUGAGCUGGCCACUGCUGCCCAGUUCAACAUCGGUGUCAAGGUUAUCGUUCUGAACAACGAGGAGCAGGGCAUGGUCACGCAAUGGCAAAACCUUUUCUACGAGGACCGGUAUUCGCAUACCCACCAGAAGAACCCCGACUUCAUGAAGCUGGCGGAUGCCAUGGGUGUGCAACAUAGGCGCUUGGUCAAGCCCGAGGAAACCGUGGAUGCCCUCAAGUGGCUGAUUAACACCGAUGGGCCGGCUUUGCUCGAAGUGGUAACGGAUAAAAAGGUGCCGGUGCUCCCCAUGGUUCCUGCUGGGUCUGCUCUGCACGAGUUCAUCACCUGGGAUAGUGAGAAGGAUAAGGAGAGGAGAGCGCGGAUGCGAGAGCGCACCGGUGGCCUCCAUGGUUAAUCACCACCAUCUUUUGAGUUCAAACCGCCUUAUUUCCCUUUAAUUUGCCAGCUCGUCACUUCUUGCUGCUUGUGUUUGCGGAACGGAUCGGAAAAAUCUGGUCACUGGCAUUUGAGCCAUUUAGGAAAGUACAUUAUGGGUUAGCAAAAGUUGGUCGCGUCCGUUGUAGGAUUUGUUUUCGCUGCGAGGAGCCUGGGGUUGGUCAGAGGGCUCUUUUCCAUCUCCCGCCGCGUAGGCGGGCGGGCUGUACAUAUUGGACGAAUGGAUACCAUGUUUGAGCGUUCGAGACAUUCUAGUCGCUCCUUGAUCGCCUCCUAGCUUGAAGUCUGCUGGUCAGUAUUUGGUUGCUC